AUGGCCGAAAAGGAUCCAGAUCCCGAAGUGCUCGACCGCUCAUCGCCGGCAGCCCAAGGUCCUCCCCCGCCGCCUGAUGGAGGUGUGAAAGCAUGGACGCAGGCCGUUAUGGGCCACCUGGUGGCGUUCAACACCUGGGGAUACAUCGCCAGCUUUGGCGUGUUCCAAGCCUACUACCAGUCAGAGCUCGGGGUCUCCCCGUCAGCCAUUUCCUGGGUAGGAUCCGUGCAGGUGUUCCUCAUUUUCUUCGUCGGGACCUUUUCCGGCCGGGCCCUCGAUGCUGGCUUCUUUCGUCCAGUAUACUACACCGGGGUGGUCUUGCAGCUUCUGGGGGUGUUCAUGACAUCGCUCGCCACGCGUUACUGGCAGCUCUUUCUCGCACAGGGGGUCUGUACUGGCCUUGGCAGUGGCUUGCAGUUCUGCCCCGUAAUGGGACUUGUGGCCACCUAUUUCUCCGGGCGCCGGGUCUUUGCAUUGGCGUUUGGACUAGUCGGGAGCGGAACUGGAGGUAUGCUGUUCCCCGGGCUGGUCAAGGCCCUCAUGCCGAGUAUUGGAUUCGGCUGGACGGUGCGCGUGCUGGGCUUUGUGAUGCUGGCGACCAGUAUCCCGGCCACGUUGUUGCUCCAGACACGGUUGCCCCCACGCCGGUCCGGGCCUCUGAUCGAUUGGGUUGCCUUCAAAGAGCCAACCUACGUGCUUUUCUGCUUGGGCAUGUUCUUGAACUUUUGGGGCCUCUAUUUUGCCUUCUAUUAUGUGGGUGCUUUCGGCCGCACUGUUCUUGGCAUGUCCUACUCAGACUCGACCACACUGAUCAUUGUGACCAACGGGGCAGGAAUUGUCGGCCGGCUCAUUCCCGCGUACCUGGCGGACCGGUAUUAUGGUCCGCUCAAUACUAUCAUCCCUUUAACGGUUGGGGCCAGUCUCAUGAUGUUCUGCUGGGCAGCAGUGCACUCAACCGCUGGCCUGUACGUUUUUGCUGUCCUGUAUGGCAUGUUCUCCAAUGGGGUACAGGGUCUCUGGCCUUCGACGCUCUCAAGCCUGACGCCGGACUUGAGUAAGACGGGGACACGCAUCGGCAUGGGCUUCACCAUUGUGAGCUUUGCUUGCUUGACAGGGCCCCCUCUUGGUGGCGCGCUCAUUGCGCGGGCCCACAGUUACAUCGGGGCCCAGAUCUGGGGCGGAUUGACCUUUCUUCUGGGUGCUUUAGUUCUUGUGAGUGCUCGGCUGCUGAAAACUGGAGCCACCGUCACGGCCAAGAUUUGA